ACAUCGGCUCAACUUUGUCGGCUCAUUCAACAUCAUCGAUUGUGGCUGGUGAGCGCCACACUUCGCGUCGAGCUGGGAAAGCUCGCAUUGAACGCCCAACUGCUCUCGACUUGUCCGCACAUCGGCAAAUAUGCGCCGGCGCGCCCAAGACUCUGUAUGUCUGGCCUGUCGACAGGUCAGACAUGCCAGCAGUCUGACCGGCAAGACCAGCAAGCGAUAUGUCCAGAUCAGCGCCACUCCUUCCAGCACACAACCCACCCAGAGCUUAGAGCCAACAGCAUCGCCCAGCUCCUCCCCUUCUGCUGAUGCGCGAUUCGAAGUCCUCGGCACGCCCUUCUCUCUCCUCUCCGCAUCCAUCUCAGCAUCGCAGAACCUGUACACGCGCCAAGGAACAUUGGUGGGCUUCAAUGGCAAGCCCGAGAAUGCUGUCUCAUCGCUCUCCCUCCUCGAGCCCUUCCGAAGAGCGAUACUGGGGAUUCCGUUCGUGUACCAAAAGAUAUCUUCGACAACACCAUAUACAGCCUUGAUCGGCACGAAAACGCCCAUCACUUCGCUUGUCGUCGUACACCUGGACGGCAGACUCGACUGGAUGAUCGCGAGGAGGAAUGCAUUGUUGGCAUGGACCGGGCAUACCCUGAGUUUGAAGCCGAAAUGGAAUACGAGGAUGAGUAUGGCACAUUGGGGCAACACGACGGUCACUGGGAGAGGACUUCUCGCGCUUUCUGGCAAAGGUCUCAUACACCAGAUCACGCUGAAGACUGGUGAGGAGUAUGUCGUGCACCCGAACAAUGUGAUUGCAUACAGCAUCAUGCAGCAUGCGCCGCAGCCGUACCGAUUCAAGUCGAAUAACUUCAGGCUGCAAAUACCCAACCCGUUGACGCUGCUUCCGGAUAGCAGAUUCUGGAGGACAAUGAGGGAGAGCGCAGUGUGGAGAUUCAUCAGCGAAGCUUCGUUCAGAGUUCGGACAUGGACGAGGAGAACGAUAUGGGGUGAUCGACUCUUCCUUCACUUCCACGGACCCACAACAAUCCUCGUAUCAUCACGAGGCGCGCGACUGAGCGAUACAAUGACGACACAGGACGUCAAUGAAGUCGCAGACAGUCCAGCAGGCGCAGUGCCGUUGGCCAUUCACGCGAAAUCUGCUGCUGAAGCUGGUGCUGCAGUGACGGCGCCGAAUGCGAAAGCCUCACCUACUACCUUGAGCUACGCGAAUGUCACUUCAGGGACUGUCAAAUUUGACGAUAUCAAGACGCCUGAGAAGGCGGAGAAGCAGGCUUAGAUACCCGAGAGGCGUUGCCCUGAGGCAGAAGAAAUGCUCUCAUCUCCGUAUGUAUAAAUCCAAUGGUGUUGCUGCA